UACCAACCCAUGACAGCCGCCUUCAUCUUCAGCCUGAAAUCCUUCUAACCCCCUCUCUCUCUCACACACACACAUUCAUAUUUGAAUUCCUUUUGAAAUUUAAUGUUUACAACCCCCAUGGCAAAAUAUCCCUGUUAACCAACCCAUGACGGCCGCCUCCACUCUUAAGCCUGAGAUCCUUCUAACCGUCUCUCUCUCUCUCUAUCAUAUAUCUCCUACACAUGUUAUUCUCAUUGUUCUCUAUACAUAUCACCAACACAUGUUACUGCCAUUAUUGUGCUAAUUGGCAUUUGCAAACAGUGUACAGCAUCAGAGGAUGGCAACUAAGGCAUUCAUCUUCUACCUCCUUUCUGGCUCUCUAGUUGUCCUUCUCCCUGCAUUCUUCUUCACCUACUCAAAGCCCCACAACUCUCAUCUUCUCUCCUUCAACAACACAACACUUCCACCCCAAUAUGGAUCUGGAUCUGGUCUUCUCUCUGCAUCAACUAAUUUCAAUCACGGAAGUUCUGUGAGGGUCUGGCCUAAGCUUGAAUUUGGGUGGAGAAUAACAUUGGCCACAAUAAUAGGCUUUCUUGGAUCAGCUUUUGGUACAGUGGGAGGAGUUGGGGGUGGUGGUAUCUUUGUUCCCAUGCUUAAUUUGAUAGUUGGUUUCGAUACUAAGUCAGCUGCUGCUCUCUCUAAAUGUAUGAUAAUGGGAGCCUCAACAUCCUCAGUGUGGUACAAUUUGAGGGUGCCACACCCAUGCAGGGAUGUGCCCAUAAUUGACUACGACCUUGCGCUCCUUUUCCAACCUAUGCUGAUGUUGGGGAUCACUAUAGGAGUGUCUCUCAGUGUAGUUUUCCCUUACUGGCUCAUCACCGUACUCAUUAUAAUUCUCUUUCUAGGGACUUCAUCGAGGUCCUUCUUCAAAGCGAUUGAGACGUGGAAUCAAGAAACAGUAAUGAAGAAAGAAGAUGAGAAACGAGAGUCCAUCUCUGCAACUAAUGGUGAAGUCGUUAUUGAUGCCGACUAUGAACCCUUGAUCCCUCAAGAAGAGAGAUCUGGACUUGAAACAAUUUCCUUCAACUUGAGGUGGAAAGGCCUUCUGGUCCUCAUGAUGGUUUGGUUCUCUUUCCUUCUCCUUCAGAUUUUCAAGAACAAAACAACAGAUUGUAGUACUGCAUAUUGGAUCCUCAAUGUCUUGCAGUUUCCAAUAGCAAUCACUUUGUUCCUCUAUGAAGCUCUGAAACUCUGUAGAGAGAGCAAACAGAGGAAGAAAUGCGGAAACAAAGAGGCUGUCUGUGAGGCGACAAUCGAUUGGACCCCAAUCCAACUCUUCUUUUGUGCUCUUUGUGGUCUUAUUGGUGGCACUGUUGGAGGACUACUGGGUUCAGGGGGUGGGUUUGUGCUAGGCCCUCUAUUGUUAGAGAUUGGUGUCAUCCCUCAGGUCGCAAGUGCCACUGCAACAUUCGUGAUGAUGUUCUCUUCAUCUCUCUCAGUGGUUGAGUUUUACUUCCUCAAGAGAUUUCCAAUUCCCUAUGCUCUAUAUCUGACAGGGGUCUCUGUCAUUGCUGGCUUUGGGGGCCAAUGCCUGAUCCGGAAGCUAGUUGCAGUGCUAAAAAGAGCAUCAAUAAUUGUCUUCAUUCUUUCAGCAGUUAUCUUUGCAAGUGCCGUGACGAUGGGAAUAGUGGGCACUGAGAAGAGCAUCUCCAUGAUAAAGAAACAUGAGUACAUGGGCUUCCUCAGCUUAUGUUAAAAUGUAAAGAACGCCAUGAUUCAGUUUGCAUUGGAAAGAGUGGUCAAUAGCUCAUUGACCUUGCUCCUGCUUCACCAGAUGUUUACAAGGCUUUUUCAGUUGGUUUACUGCAUUAGAUUAUUUAUGAAGUUGGGAAUGUCAACACCUUGCUGUCAUUCCCACGUAAUGAGGAAAUAUAACAAUCUUUCAUUUUUACAA